CUAUAUACUCUGCUCGCGUGCUACGCUACUCAUCGCCCCGAGAUCCAUCACUCGCAUUCUCACCGGCGAGCUCAGGGCUCAGCAUCCGCGCGCCUCCUCUCCAAGCAGACCACCACCGCCGGAAGCAUGGCCGCGCCGCUGCUUCGGCAAUGGCGCAGCCUCGCCGUGCUCGGCGCCCUCCUCGGGCUCCACCUCAUCGCCGCCGUGGCGCAGUCGCCGCCAACUACACCCACGACCCCUGCCGCACCAACGACUCCGGCCGCACCCACGACCCCUGCCGCACCCACGACUCCGGCUACACCCACGACCCCUGCCGCACCAACGACUCCGGCCGCACCCACGACCCCGGCCGCACCCACGACUCCGGCUGCACCGACGACACCUAUCGCACCCACGACUCCGGCUGCACCGACGACCCCUGCCGCCACCCCGGUCGCGCCAGCAAACCCGCCGCCGGCUCCGACAACGCCAGCGCCCACCGCCACCCCAGUCGCGCCAGCGAAGCCGCCGCCGGUCGCGCCCGCGGUCGCGCCGGCCAAACCCCCGCCGGUGACGCCGCCACCAGUGACACCUCCUCCCGCGACGCCUCCACCCGCGACGCCGCCCGCGGUGCUCCCACCCGCCGUGCUGCCGCCCGCCGCGGCGCCUCCGCCGACGGCGACGCCUCCGGCCGAGGCGCCCGCGUCGCUGCCUCCCGCGACGACGCCCCCGCCCGUGGCCGAGGCCCCCGCGGAGCUGCCGCCCGCCGAGGCGCCGUCCAAGGGCAAGAACAAGCACAAGAGGAGGAGGAAGCAGCACGGCAAGAAGGAGGCGCCCGCGGAAGCGCCGCAGCCGCUGAGCCCGCCAGCUCCCGCCGCGCCGUCGCCGGCUGAUCUGGAGGACGUGUCCGGCCCUGCACCGUCAGCCGAUGUGAAUGCGAGUUGCCGGCAGCACCAGAACUGGGCCUCCGUCGUCGUGCAGACCGCCAUGGCGGCGCUUUUGUUAUCGCUAGCGUGGUAAACUAAUAAAUCCCAGAGAGAAACGAAAGAUCCAUAUAUCAGCGUACCAGCUCAGCUCAUGGUUUAAUUAUUUCCGCCCUUCCUGUUCAUGCCGCACCAUCAUACAUAGGCCGGUGAGAUUAUCUGCGGGAUUUGUUAUAGGAACCGUUGGAUUGUGGCUUGUGGUAUUUGUUUUUGACACAUUCUGUAUCCAUUUUUUCGUUAAUUUUUGGAAUAAAGACGCACACUUGCUCACACAAA